CGUAUUUGCUCAGACUGGCGCAGAGCACAUUGACAUUCGAUAAAAAUUGCCACAACUAAAAAUAUAAUAAAAAGAACGUCGCGUCGUCUCGGGAUCUAUUCCACAUCGUGCAAAAAGAUACCGUCGUGCCGACGCUUAUGCUUGCCUGUGAACGAACUAAAUCGUAAUUCUGUCUUUUUGGAUCGGGCCACUAUAUUCGUGUAUUAAUGUAAAUGGACCUCUUUCGCGUACGUGUGUACAAUUUUUUUUCUGUUUGUCUGUGAACGAACAUCAGUGAAACCCCCCGCGCCUAGCAGCAACAGCAACGGCAAGAAGCGGCCGCAACAACAAAACAAAAAGUGAAAUUGCCUUUUGCGGAAACCAACAAAAAAAAGAGAAGAAUUAAGUACAAGCGCACAGACACACUGAAGCAAGUAAAGAUUGUUGUUAACGCAGCACCUUUGCGUGUGUGUGUGCGUGCGUAGGUGUGGUUGUGUGCGUAUGUUGUUGCGUUCCAACCCAAAAACUAACAAAAAAAAAACGUUCCAAUUGGAACCACCUGCUAAAAAGAACAUCUGGCCCCCCCCAAAAAAACAGGCGGCCAAGAACAUUUUAGCCGAAUAGACCAUUCCAACGGGGUCUAAUAAAGUUUUUAGACAAAAAGCGAAACAUCCGAGAGGCCGCCAAAGAAGAACGAAAAUAAAGCGGCUACCAAAAUGGGCGAUUUCGAUCUGAAUGUGGAUAGUCUCAUCCAGAGGCUGCUGGAAAAUUUCAAAAAACAAAAAGAGGCCGAAGAGCAUGCCCAGAAGCUGCUCAUCGCUCAACAAUUGGCCGCUGCUGGUGGGGCGGCGGUUGCCGUUGCUGCCGCAACUGCUACUGCUGCUGCUGCUGCCGCUGUCGUCACCACCGCUGCAACGUCAUCGUCAUCCACCAGCACGUCUGCUGCCGCUGCCGCUGCCAGCAGCAGUUGUUCGGGUUCGGCGUCGGCCGCCACCACUCACGAUCCGCUGGAGGAUCUGACCGAACAGCAGCGACGCCUGCUGCAACAGUAUUCGAUAUCGCCGCCCAGCGAAACGAUGAUAUCGGCCGAUGGCGAUCAAAUAACGGUGCAUCAUCCGCGCGAGGAGCCCAAGAAAUCUAGAUUGAAAUUGCGCGACUUUUUCGUCGCCGAAUUUGUGCGCAGCUGUCGUACCGGCAAACAGGUGCAGAUGACCGAGGCGGAGGUGCGCGGCCUGUGUCUGAAGUCGCGCGAGAUAUUCUUGCAACAGCCCAUACUGCUGGAGCUGGAGGCGCCGCUGAUCAUCUGCGGCGACAUCCAUGGCCAGUACACAGACCUGUUGAGGCUGUUCGAGUACGGCGGCUUCCCGCCGGCCGCCAAUUAUCUGUUCCUCGGCGACUAUGUGGAUCGUGGCAAGCAGUCGCUGGAGACCAUCUGUCUGCUGUUGGCCUACAAGAUCAAAUAUCCGGAGAAUUUCUUCUUGCUGCGCGGCAAUCAUGAGUGUGCCAGUAUUAACAGAAUUUACGGCUUCUACGACGAGUGCAAGCGCCGGUACAAUGUAAAACUCUGGAAGACCUUCACAGACUGCUUCAACUGUUUGCCGGUGGCCGCCAUCAUCGAUGAGAAGAUAUUCUGCUGCCACGGCGGCCUCAGUCCCGAUCUGCAGGGCAUGGAGCAAAUCCGCCGCCUGAUGCGUCCCACAGAUGUGCCCGACACCGGGCUGCUGUGCGAUCUACUGUGGAGUGAUCCCGACAAGGAUGUCCAGGGCUGGGGCGAGAACGAUCGUGGCGUGAGCUUUACAUUCGGCGUGGAUGUGGUCUCCAAGUUCUUGAAUCGGCACGAGCUCGACUUGAUUUGUCGUGCGCAUCAGGUCGUGGAGGAUGGAUACGAGUUCUUUGCACGUCGCCAGCUGGUCACACUAUUCUCGGCGCCCAACUAUUGCGGCGAAUUCGAUAAUGCUGGCGGCAUGAUGACCGUGGACGAUACGCUCAUGUGCUCAUUCCAGAUAUUGAAACCUUCCGAGAAGAAGGCAAAGUAUUUGUACAGCGGAAUGAACUCGUCGCGACCCACUACACCGCAGCGAAGCGCCACAAUGCUGGCGACCAAUAAGAAGAAAUAAUAUAUCCAUCCGCUUCCAUUUCCUUAAAGGUUCAACAACAACAACAAAUACAACAACAACAACAACAACAGCAACAACAGCAACAACAGCAACAACAGCAACAACAACAAC